CUCCCCAAAGGCGCGCUUUUCGUCAUCGCGGAUCCUUGCCGCGGGAGUGCCCAGAAUUCCUCCGCCAUAUCCACGACGACACUCCACCCCACAGCGUCCGCUCCUGCUCCCUCCUCUACUCUACUCUGCUGCACUCCCAGUCUUUUCCACCCCGGAGCCCCCCCUCCAGCCGUAUCCGCGCCAUCCGCAGCGCCCGUCCCGGCUGCCCGUCGCUCGCUUUGCGUAUUUCCUAGCUGGGAACUUUUUCUACUAUCCCACCCUUGCAUCCACCCGGCGCAUCCGUGGCUUGCGCGGCUGAUCCGACAACACCACGCGCCUGAGCAGAUACACAGAAGCCCGUCAGCAGCGGAGGGCCGUUCGCUUACACGUGUAGCCAAUUGCUCUGCAGCGGCCAUGGCUCGCCCAAAGAGAGUGCUCUCUUUCAUGUCAGAAUGGGGAGGCCACUCGUCAAACCGCCGGACGCCCUCGUCGAACGCAGCUUCGCCGACUCCGCACUCGCCCAGGGAGAAGCCGCCGAAUGCGUCCUCCUUCUCCGUCUCCUCCGUCACCCACGAUAGCGACUUCAACUCGCCCGGCUCGCAGCCGCGCCCCGACUCGCGGCCGUCGUCGCGCCCAAUGUCCAUGAUACAGACAUACCAGCCUCCCGUCAUGGAGGUCAGCCAGGACACGCUGCCCGAGCUGCAACGUAUCUUCAUGUUCCUGAACAGCCACUCGAACAAGCUGUACCAGGAGGGCUACUUCCUCAAGUUCCACGACACCGAUACGCGCGGCCGCCCAGCCCCAGAUCGGGUGUGGCAAGAGUGCUUCGCGCAACUAGUGGGCACCAUCCUGUCCCUCUGGGACGCGAGCGAGCUGGACAGAGUCAGCAGCGACGCUGAGGUGCUGCCGACAUUCAUCAACCUCACGGACGCGGCGAUCCACAUGAUGCCUUCUAUGGUGCUGAGCGACGGCAAGAAGCUCGACAACAUCCUGAGCGUGUCCACAGCAGCGAGCAACAAGUACCUGUUCCACUUCAACUCGUUCAAUUCGCUAACGCAAUGGACCGCCGGCAUCCGAUUGGCCAUGUACGAGCACACGACGCUCCAGGAGGCGUACACGGGCGCGUUAAUUGCCGGCAAGGGCAAGACAUUGAACAAUAUCCGCGCGAUCCUGGAUCGACAACGCACAAAGUACGAAGACUGGGUGCGUGUGCGAUUCGGCGCGGGAACGCCGUGGCGCCGGUGCUGGGCCGUCGUCAACCCGCCCGACGAGAAGGAGUACACCAAGCUGCAAAAGACGCAAAAGAAGAACAUUUACAAUAACAAGCCCGUGGUUCUUAAGGGGGACAUAAAGUUCUACGACUCGAAGAAGGUCACCAAGAAGAGCCGACCCAUCGCCACGGUCAACGAUGCGUAUUCGUGCUACGCAAUUUACCCGCAGUCGAAGCCGCUCAUUGACCAGUCAACCCUAGUCAAGAUUGAGGGGAAGAUCACGAUCCAUUCAAGCCCGGAAAAGGUCACCGAGGGCUUCGUUUUUGUCAUGCCUGAAACGCGCCCGGCAGUGUCCGGUUUCGAGAUCAUGCUUCAGUUCUUAUUCCCGGUCUUCGAUACCUUUGCCCUGUACGGGCGCCCGACCAAGUUGAUCGCAGAUGUACUGGACUCGCGCGGCUUGAUGUUCGCCAUGCCUUCGGACAGGCGUUACGGCUACCUGGAGAUGUGGGAUGUGGUCAGCUUGAUUCACACCGAUGGCAGUCAGAACUGGUCCGAGCGGCAGUGGAGGAAGCAAUUGAAGGAUUUGACAUCUAAACGCAUGGCAUCUACCCCGCGCGAUCGAAGCAGGACUACUAGCCGUAGAAACACGAUUAACCGCACCAGCCUACCACCGUCCCGCAGCGGUACCCUAAGAUUCGAGGAACGUGGCUCGAUACGGUCCCAACCGUCUACCCGCCAGACAUCUCCAGCCCGACCCGGGGAAAACCAGCCACAAGAACCGCGGAGAGUGGAUUCCGCACCACCGACUGCGCCAUUUUCAACGCCACGCCAUCAACGUUCGGUUUCUGAACAGACGAAUGGGUGCAGGCAGUAUCACGCCGAAACACCAUCACGUCUCGCCCAAUCAGCGAGUGUGGACGACUACAACAGUCCGCCGCCUCCACCACCGCACCGUCAGCUCGAUGGGUCCCCUCAGCCGCAUGAAGGAUACGAGACUUCUGACGGAGAGACUCCAAGCCCAGAUGCUCGCAAUCUACCCGAGGUCCAGCUUGCGCCCACGGCUCCACCCUUGGGUCCAGUCGAGCACCCUCCAACGUUCGCUCAUGCACCGAGCCAGAGGCCACCAGUUCAGCCAUAUCAUCCUCUUACGAUGAAGCCGGACGCGCAUAUGGAUUCUGCGACGCUUCAUCAGCUGGCUGACGCGACGAACACGCCUAUUCCGGCAGGAGUUGCGGUGGCCGGCGCAGCUGCAGCGUGGCGAAGUCAUGACAGUCUGGGUGGUAGGCGAAGCGGCGAAUAUGACAGACAGGGAAGCAGAGAUCAAGACUAUCCGAAUGCUAACGUCCAGAGUCAGAACUACUCUAGACCUGGGCAUUCGGGCAGUCGUCUUCCCACUAUUCCUGCCUCGCCGUUCGUGGAACAGGAGCAAUUUGUGGAAUCGCCUACAGUAUAUCAGCCAACAGCCCCACCUGUCCCCGAACACGCCGAGCUGCCGCCGUCGCGGCCGAGCCUUGAGUUUGCCCAGGAGCAGCGCCCCGGCAGCGGAGGCAGCCACUCAAUUCAUCGUAAACCAGUACCAGGUCGGUCUUCAUUGUCCCUGCGAGGGGAUGAUACCCACUCGGCCACAAGCUCAAGUCUCGGCAGUUUACGAAACGACGUAGUCGAUCCCGAAGCCCUCGAUGCCCUCAAUUACACCAAUCCAGCACUGCUGAGGCAGCCCAGUCAGUCAAGCAGUCGCUAUGAAGAUGAUGCAGUGUCAACCUCUACGCCCGAUUAUGCAAGCACGGCCAGUGAAGAAGCACCGAAGCCGGCGACAAGGCUUCCAGAGCGGCCGCGGAGUGGCAUGCUGAAGUUUGUUGGGAACCCAGAUCUGAAUCCCAAGCCUGAUCUUGUUAUUGGAGACGCCCAUUACAAACCCGAUUCGAAGCCAGCGGAAGCGUCGUCCGACAUCCCCACCAUUGAUUUUGGUCCCACGUACUCUCUAGCGCCCGACGCCAAACGCCCCGGGACUAGCGGAACUAUGACCCAAGCCUUCCAUGACAAUAGUGUCUCGCGGUCGAAGGAGAAUCUUGCUGCCUCUCCGAAUGAGCAGAAACGGCUGUCGUAUUCAGGCAGGACAACGCCCAUCGCAGCGGCACACAUGCGCAGCUCCUCAGCCUCUCCACAACCCUCGGAUAGCCGGAGCGUCGCUUGGCAACCCGGUAUGGCAUCCCCAGGCCACCCAGAUAAGCAGAAGCUUGAUCCGGAGGAGUGGGUAGUGCAACGUGCUGCUGCCGCUGCCCAGCCACGAGAGUAUCCUCAUGGCAGGAGCAAGUCUCACACUCCACCCCCCUUGAGCCGAAACCAGUCAGGCGAUUGGUCUCAUCUGCAACGAACUCCAGAGGCCAUGCCUGCACGUCCACCGAGCCGACCCCUCAGCCGACCGCUGUCCCGAGGGGCUGAACGCCUACUUGAUCAGCGCCCCUCGUCAUUGUCCGCUCGCGAGCAAGAGCAGGUGGCACGGAUAACAAACACGCCACUCAUCGAUUUGACGAAGAAUCCGAACAAAGAGCAGAAGCCGUCUUCGUCGGGCCUUACAGCUUACAUCGAUCAUCGAGAGAAAGAGAAGGCUGCUGCGAAGGCGAAUCGGAGCACGGCGGCUAUGCAGGCUGAGAUUGAUCGGCGCAUGAUGGCGGCACAGCAACGGCAGAUGAUGGAGAUGCAGCAGAUGGGUCAGCAGCAAAUGCAAAUGGGGCAAUCAAUGGGGCAACCAAUGGGACAGCAAAUGAGUAUGCCUGGUGGAUACUCUACACCGACACCGGCCAUGAUGGGAACGCCGCAGGUGUACCCGCCAGCAUUCGCCUACUCGAGUCCCGGCCAGAUGCAGCAUAUGUACCAACAGCAGCAGGGCUACUUCCCGCAGCAGGGGAUGUCGCCAGGCAUGCAGCAGGGUUGGGGGACCCCAAGCCCGCAGCCGAUGCAGGGACAGUUCUUCAUGCAACAGCAGCAACCAGGGCAGCAACUAGGGCAGCAACCGCAGCAGCACGUCACGCAACCCUAUGGCGCUAGCUUCGACCAGGCGCAAGCGGCGGCUCGUUAUGCGCACCAGCAGGGGCAGACUCGGCGGCAGUGAGGUGUUGAUGACAGGCGUUGAAAAGGGCGGAGACGAUCGAAUUAUGAAGUGACGAUACGAAUGAUCAUAUGGGGAAUGCGUUCUUGGGAUGGUUCUUCCCCUGUACAUUUUUGCAUGGUACAGGCUUCGCUUUUUAAUGGGCGGGUAUCUUGAGCUUUUCUCAUGUACAAAUGCAUCAUCAAAAGGCUUGCGUUUCUGGAUUGCAUGGGUUAGCUCUCCGGGGAGUAUUAGAUGGUGUAUCUGUAUGCAUUUGUUGGGGGCAUUUGCAUCGUCGGCUCAUUUUUUGGGUGUCGGUGGCUGGAAUGAUAUUUGGAGUUUGAACUUGACUGAGAUGGUUGAUGCUGUGAUGCUGUGAUGCUGUUUUGCGCGUUGCAUUGGGAGGAAGUCUUACUGUGGAGGAAUGGUGCAUGGGAGUAGUGGUGCUGAGUAUUGAGGUCUGUGCAUGGCGAUGG